AGAGGGCAGGCUGGAAGCUGGGCGCACAGCCAGAGUACCAUCACCGGAGAUCAGAGAAAGGCUCAAGGCAAAAAAUGAGUCCCGCCACCGCAGCCACGGCCGGAUGCCACCACCUCCUCCUCCCCACGGCGAGCCGGCCAUGCGGCGCGCCUCCUCGACGGCUAGCACGAGGCGCCGCAGCGGCAGCGGCAGCAGCCGGGCACGUGUCGGUGGUGGGUCGGCGGCCGCUGGAGGAGGUAUACAAGGUGCGGGUGGAGCGCGGCGCGGCGGCGCGGGAGCGGGCGGAGGCGCUGCGGGCGAUGGAGACGUGGUCCACGUGGCGGACGGGCGGGCGGUGCCGGAUGCCCUGGGACUGGCACGUGGACCAGCUCGUCUACAUCGUCUCCGGCGAGGUCCGCGUGCUCCCGGCCGAGGCCACCACCGGCGAGGAGUACAUGCACUUCGUCGCCGGCGACCUCGUCCGGUACCCCAAGUGGUUCGAGGCCGACCUGUACUUCGACGGGCCUUACGAGGAGCGCUACCGAUUCCUCGCCUAUGGGGAUGACAACUGAAUCUAAUCGCGUUAAUCCAUCCAUGAUUGGAGGGGAUUGGGGAUUAGUACCAAGCUUGCUAGUGUAGUGUGUUGGUGGCGCCUAGGGAUUUAUCUUCUUCGCUUUCAUGUUGAGUAAUUUACUGUAUUGUAUUUCAGUUAAUCGAUUUUGUCCUUGCAACACAAUUAUGCAUGUUUGACACUGCUUGUGCUUGUGCUUGUGCCGCCUUACUUUCAGAACGUUCUAUUAUGUACAUUUAGACAUUCUUUAGGAUUGCUGAAAGGAUGAAAAAUGAGCAUCUGAAAAAUACACCGAAAUGAUGCUGAUGAUAUAUUUUAAUUUGUUCAAGUAUUAUUAUUUC